UGGUGAUGAGGGGGUUUGUUAUUAUUAAUUAAUUAAUUAUUAAUUAUUAAAGAAAAGAGAGGAGCACAAAUCAGAAAUCAAACAUUUAGACUCAAACUGCAGCCUGCGGGAGAGCAAAUUAACGAGUUCAACGAUGUCUCUAAUAGUCUCGUUGUUUGUGGUGAUGUUGGUGACUCAGUGCUGGACGGCUCCACAGAGGAGGAACUGGACUCCACAGGCCAUCUUAUACCUGAAAGGAGCACAGGGACAUCGCUCAGUGCUGCAGCGAAACAGCCGAGACAAAGAUGACACUUCACUCUCAGUGACUCACAAACUGAGCGGUGAUGGACUGGUGUUAUCUUGGGCCUCAUCCGUCCUCCUGCAGCUUCUGCAGCGAGCCGUGGAAGAAGGUACAACCCAGAGCGACGUCACCAACACGCUUCCUGACAAUCAUCCAUCAUAUACGUGUUUUCUUCCUCAGGUGGACACAAAUUAGACGAUU